AUGGAGUCGUCGAAUGGAAACACUCCCCUCCCGGAGGACAUGACCAAGUGUCCGGAGGGUCUUGUCCUUCCUCCUAAAGAUAUUCGAGCGAUCGUCGAAAAGACCGCGGGCUAUGUCGCGCGUAAUGGGUCCGUCUUUGAAGAUCGUGUCCGUGAAAAGGAAAAGAAUAACCCUAAAUUCUCCUUCCUGAACGCCGGCGACGCCUACGAGCCUUUCUAUCAGUGGCGCCUCACCGAGAUCAAGGAGGGUCGUGGAACCGCAGUCUCAGCAGGACGGCCUGGCGAAGCUGUUGCUGCCGCUGAGCCCGAGAAGCCCAGGGGACCCCCAGAACCCCCCGCGUUUCAUUUCUCUGCGCGCAUGCCUAUCAUCAAUGCGCAGGAUCUAGAAGUGGUCAAGCUUACAGCGCUUUACGUCGCCAAACGAGGAAAGUCCUUCAUGACCGCAUUGUCACAGCGUGAGGCUCGGAAUUUUCAAUUCGACUUCCUCCGGCCCCAACACAGUCUCUACCAAUUCUUCACUCGCCUAGUUGAUCAGUACACCAUCUUGCUGCGACCCGAAGGCAUUGACGACGCCACCACCCAGCAGAAGCGCAUCGCCGAGCUUGAACACAACGUCAAGAACAAAUAUCAUAUCCUGGAGCGCGCAAACCAACGGGCGGAGUGGGUGAAGUUCCAAGAGCAGCAGAAGCAACAAAAGGAGGAACAAGAAGAACAAGAACGUAUCGAGUAUGCCCAGAUCGAUUGGCACGAUUUUGUGGUGGUCGAGACGGUCUUGUUCACGGAAAGUGACGACCAAGCAGAGCUCCCACCGCCAACUUCUCUCACAGACUUGCAAUCCGCCUCCUUGGAGCAAAAAGCAGCCAUGUCCCUCAACCCGCUGCGCAUCGAAGAGGCCAUGCCCACCGACCUCGACAACCCAACCUACUAUAACGCCUACCCAGCCCAGCCCGAACCUUCUUAUCCCGUCCCACAGCCCUCCGUCUCCCCCUACCAGGCCCAAGCAGCCGCCCCAUACCCGCCCCCCGCCAUGGAGUAUGGCGGGCAGUACCCCCCGCAACCAGAGGUACCGCAAGCCCGCACAGAGUCGCCAGUACCUGUACCGGGUCAACCCCCAAUGCGCAUUCGCUCAGACUACGUGCCCCGAGCCCAGGCCCGUCGCCAACAAGCCGCGGGUGCCACCGCACUCUGUCCGAACUGCCACCAGCAAAUCCCCGUCGCCGAAUUGGAGCAUCACAUGCGUGUGGAGCUCCUCGACCCGCGGUGGAAGGAACAACGCGCCAAGGCCGAAUCUCGCAGUGCCACGACCAACCUGUCUACUGUCGACGUCGUCAACAACCUCAAGCGGCUUGCUAGCCAGCGUAGCGAUGUUUUUGACGCCUCGCUUGCGCCCGAUCCCGAGGAGGAAGCGCGCCGCAAGCGCAUGGCUAUGGGCGCUGCUCCAGAUGGUACCCUUCCCCCUGGAGUGUCAGCGCCGCCAGGCCCGGCUGUUGGCCCUGGGGGUGUGCCCCGACCUCAGAAUACGAAUAUUGAGGACCAGAUUCGGCAUUUCCACCAACUUGCCAAGCAAUGA